AACCUUAUACACGUAUAGUCCCGAGGUUCUCAAAUAGUGUAAACAUGGCCUCGCGGUACAGUCACGGUGUUCAGCGAGUUUUAGCGAAAUUAGAGGCAUCGAUAAACUCGGAAAAUUAUUAUGAGGCUCAUCAGAUGUACAGAACUUUGUAUUUCAGAUAUCUCGGCCAUAGAAAAUACUCGGAACUUUUGGAAUUGCUAUACACUGGGUCGAUGCUUUUUUUACAGCAUGAACAGCAUGCAAGUGGAGCCGACUUAGGAAUCCUAUUUAUCAAUGUUUUAACACAAUCCGGGACGGAACCUAUGCAAAGCUUCUUCGAGAAGAUCACGACUUUGUUCAACUUAAUGAGCCCUGCAUCGCCGGAAAGAGAAGUAUUUAUUCAAUCAGCGCUUAAAUGGAGCGUAAAGGGUACAGAUUAUAAAACUGGUCAUCCAGAUUUGCAUCAGAAGAUAGCUCAAGUGUUUUGGAGAGAAAAGAAUUACAUAAUGGCAAGGCAACACUUUAUACAUAGUAGAGAUGGCUCUGGAUGCGCAGCAAUGUUGGUUGAACUUCACGAACAACGUGGAUACAUGAAUGAAAUAGACCUCUUCAUAGCUCAAGCUGUAUUACAGUAUCUUUGUCUACAAAACAAAGCAACGGCGCAAGAAGCCUUUAAUUCUUACACUUCGAGGCAUCCAAAAAUAAAUAGUGGCCCACCAUAUCUUCUUCCUUUAUUAAACUUUUUAUUUUUUUUACUGAAAACAAUUGACAGUGGUAAACUAGCAGUGUUUACAAUUCUUUGUGAACAGUACCAGAUAUCUUUAAAUAGAGAUCCGUAUUAUCGACAGUACUUAGAUAAAAUAGGCCAACUCUUUUUCAAUAUUCCAUCUCCACGUCCACGCAAUCAGGGAUUAUUCGGUUCGUUAUUGCAAUCUUUCUUCAAUGGCCUGGAGGAUGAUGAUUCAGACGAUGAACAACGAAAUGUAGCUUCAACUUCACAUGCUGUACAAGAACUUGAUUGAUUAAAGGUGAGACACUGUGCAGUGUGAUGCUGAAUAUGGAA